AUGCCCGAUGCCUGGGAUGACGACUGGGACAAGGUCGCUGAUUCCUCGGCCAAGUCCGCACCAGUCCAACCCACCGUCAAGUUAUCGCGUGCCGAACGCAAAGCUCAGCAUCAGGAAAUGAAUAAGCAGUUAUGGGAUGCUGCCGAGCAACCAGAGCGUUCUUAUUUCCUCGAAUCAAAAGGCGCCGCUCCUCUCAAUUCCGACUUCAAACCUCAAGUCAAGCUUCUGACCCGUAGACCAACUCCACAAAUCGCAAACCGUAUGGCUGGCCUCAAUCUGGAAGACGAAGAUGAUAGCGAAGAAGAGGAGAGAAAGAGACAAGAGGCUUCGCUUGCCGAGAGACAGCGCAAAGCUGCUGAGGAGCGCAAGGAGAAGGAACGUAAAUACGCUGAAGUCCGCGAACGUCUAUUUGGCUCCCCAGAUUCAUCAAGAGAUCCGUCAGCCUCUCGCACUCCUUCCACUAGAGGGGACAGGACUUCGCGCAGGGGUAAUCGAGGUAGAGGAGGCCGCAACGGUACCCCAAGAGACAGCCAGUCCAAUUCUCCCGCCGACCAGUCACCUGCCAGGACUAUCUAUCAACCAAACCAGCUUUUCGAUCCCACCUACGAGCAAAAGCCGCGUAGUAUUGCUAGCCCAAGACCUGCUGCCUCUAGAGACGAGCAGCCUGUCCGUCAGCCUAGAGGUCCUGAAGGACGCGGUGGCUUCGGCUUUGCUCCUCGUGGCGGCAAAUCGAGUCCAUGA